ACACGUCGCCCCCGACUUCAUGGUGGUACGAAUUUAGUUUCCCGAUAUGUUUGCCUCGGUAGGGGCCUUCACUGUCUUGACAUGAACCUGGAACCAGGGGAUGAACCCUCAUUUUUGAUUUUGAUCGACCUUACCUGAACUUGUCAAGAGUAAAACGAAGAGUAAUAACAUUUUCAGUACGAACACCGUUUCAUUUUGUCGAAUUUCUUGUAACUAACGGAGCCACAUAGUUACACGAACUGCUGUUAACUUUCUACAAUCUCUUGCUGACCUCGGCCACGUUCGACUUUCUUCAAGACCGGGAAUUUUAACAGGCGAUGAGAAGACGAGCGGUUUGUUUGAUCGAUCAUCGCAGAUACGAAAAUGGCGUUGAAUCAGAAACCUGUGAUGAUUAAUCGGGGACAAAACCACGUAAUUUUCUCGUGGAACGAUAUAAAAGAGUUAAAUGACUUCACUUGUGUCGUUCAAAUGUUAAAUGAGUUAAAAGAGUGGGUUGUGAUAUACUGGGGACCCAAAAAUGAAGUCAAAGUAAAGGAUUUGGCUCCAUGUACUUGUUACGAUUUUAGGAUAAAACCCGAGUCAAGUGAGAAAUGGACACAUUUUAAAGGAGCAACGUUAGAUAGCCCUUAUAUGACUAUGCACUUUACUCGAGCCAUCAAAACUGGGAAGACACCCUUGAUCCGGAAAAUUGCACACGCUCGUCCAAUUUUACUCGAAGUUGAAAACAAAUAUAUGAAGACUCCUCUAGUUCAAGCAAUUGAGAAAAAUGAUCCCACUUUAGUCAACUUUUUAAUAACUCUUGGUGCAAAUAUUAACACUCCGGCUUUCUACACUAAAAAGAGUCCUUUAGCAAUAGCUGUAUCUCUCGGCCACUUAUCAGUAGCACAUUUAUUGGUUGAUAAAGGUUGUGACACCAACACAACCGACAUCAACGGACUUACUCUACUACACCAUGCUGUUGAUUCUGAUAACAUUGAAAGUGUUAAAUUCGCUUUAAAAAUUGGUUUAUGUGUGGAUGCUAAAGACUGUAACGGAUGGACUCCACUAAUGAGAGCAGCCAUUUUGUCUUGUAGUGAUGAAAUUGUGACUAUCUUGCUCGAAAAUGGAGCCUCAAAAAGUCUCAAAGACAAAAACGGAUUUGAUUUUGCAAAACAUAAAUUUCUAGCGAAUAAAAAAUAA